AUGAGCACUUUCAUCAACGUUGCCCUCCUCGGUAAAGGAUACCUUGGAUCCGCUAUCCUCACGGAGCUUGCCAACGCUGGUUUCAAUGUCACCGUCCUCGGCCGCUCUAAUUCAGCCAAGGAAGGACUUCCCGCCGGCGUCAGGUUCGAAGCCGUCGACUAUGCCUCUAUUGACAGCCUUGCCCCCGCUCUCCAAGACCAGGAUGUGGUUGUCUCGACUGUGAACAAGGGCGGCAUGCUCACACAGCCUACUGUCAUCGACGCCUGCAUCAAGGCCGGCGUCAAGCGCUACAUUCCAUCCGACUGGGGCUCCUUCACGACUGACCCCAAGGCACAUAGCGAGCUGGCCGCCGUCCUCGGCCCAAUGUUUGACACCCAGAAAUAUGUCAUCGAAAAGGCCCGUGCCGGCGAGAUAGAGUACACCAUCUUCUCCAUCGGCUGCUUCACCGAUUAUCUUGUACACCUUCCCAUGGCCUUCGACUUUGCGAAUAAGAGUGCAGAGCUGUUCGAUGACGGCAAGCACAGCUUCAGCUCCACCAGUAUCGCGGGCAUCGGAAAGGCCAUCGUCGGCGCCCUCAAAAAUCCCGGGGCGACCAAGAACCGCAACCUCAAAAUUCACGAGCUCGUAGUCUCUCAAGCACAGCUGCUGGCGCUGGCAAAGAAGCACUCGCCGCCGGGAGCUCAGUGGACGGAGACCAAGCUGGACGGCAAGGCCGAGUUCGACAAGGUUUUGAAGGCUGCUCUGAAGGACGCUUCCAACGAGCACAAGAUACUGCAAGUCAUAAAGACUGCUGUCCUCGGCGGACGCUACGCAAGUGUGUAUGACGAGGUUGACAACGAGCUGGUCGGCCUUCCGCUUCUUACCGACAAAGAUCUAGAGGCAAGAAUGACGGCUGCUUUCAGUCCUUAG